UGUUAUAUUCUCCGUCUCCUUGUCGUCGCUAUUGAUCUCUCUCUCCCACACAUAAACAAAGGAAAGGAACAGCCCCGAUAUCCCAACAAAACAGCCACAACAAUGCAGGCAAUUCGCUCCGCUCUGCGCACUCGCGCCUCCAUCUCCACCACUGCGCGACACUUCAGCUCGACGCCAGCUAAUCCACUCGCUCGUUUGACUCUCACAGGCCGUCUAGGUGCCGAACCCGAGCUGUCGACCACCACGACCGGCCAGGAAAUCAUCAGAUACUCAGUGGGCUCUACCACGGGUCCAUCAAACAACCGCACAACAUCCUGGUUCCGUGUCGCCAGCUUUAUACCAGAAGGCCCUUCUCGAGAGCAUCUCUUGAAUGUACCAAAAGGUUCUCUCGUUCUUGUCGAAGGCGACGUCUCCCUGCGCUCGUUUGUGGACAAUGAGAGUACCAAACACCACGUCGUGAGCAUUGUGCAGAGGAGUUUUGAAGUUCUCAAACGCAACCACCCUUCCGGCAGUGACGAAGCCAGCCAAGAAUCGAGCGAGCCAUCGGACUGAACACAUACUGCCCUCCUCAUGUCAGUCAGUGCUAUACGUUCUCUUAACAUGGAAAUUUUUAGAGCUUCUUUCACAGCAAACACCAAACUUAUCGUAUAGAGCUUCUCGGGGAGUUGUUCUCGCAUGUAUUCUUUAUGUCCAUUUUUUUAAUUCUCCUUGUCUUACUAUCAAUCUCUGUAUGAGCAGGAGGCCGAAAAGCCUCACGGUGGAUACCCUGUGGAAGUACUUUUAAUGCAAUCUGUAAAUCUGUGAGCUGCAAGAACAAUCUCUUCUCAGACUAAUUUGGAUACUAUAAAUUAUAAAAUGUUUAUGGAUCAUGAAUUGCUUG